AUGCUGAUGAUACCUAGCCCUCUGAACGCUGAGGACCCGGGCAAGAUAUCUACGCUCUUGAAUCAGAACACAGCCGAUUAUGGGUCGUGUACGGGCGCCUCGUUUAACUCACUGGAUCCGCUAGCCCCAAAAGAACUAUCAUUAGAUUUGGACAAGGACCUGUCGUUUCUUCUCCGGUAUGACAACUACCAUUCGCUCUCGCAAGUCGACAUUCCACAUGCCUUGCGGUCUGAAUUUAUAUCGCUCACAUCCGAUGCGACAUUGGAUUCAUCACUCGGUACUCUUGAGAGGCUCCUGGCUGAAGGCCAUUUUCUCUUAGCCGCUUAUCUGUGUGGCUCGAUCCUAACAUCGACUCUAAUAUCUCCGAAGAAUAUCAAGGUGAUAUUUGCCCUGUUUUACACGCGACUGGCGUGCCUAGAACUUUCUGGCAAUACGGUCAUUGCAGCUCAAGAAUCCAAAGCGCUUGAAGAUCUAAGUUCGACGUUCUACUAUGUGGAUCCCGAACUUAAGGCCGCCGAUGCAGAUGUCCAUCAAUCAAACUUCCCACAGCACAUUGCACCAUGGCCUCUUCGUGUCUUGGCCAUCAGGCUACAGAGUAUAGGAUUCGGUGACCCGCGUAGGGGGAUCGGAGGUUUGUACGAGAUCGGCCUGGAAGCGCGAAGAGAGAUUAUGCGCCCGGACAUAGAUCCCGCUGAACGAGAAGUCUGGAAACAGAGGUUGUCCGAUCUUGGGGUGCGAACGGUCAAUGCGCUGAUUGAAAUGGGAGAUCUCGACGCAGCCAAAAGAUCGCUGGAGGGUUUAACACAGACGGAACACGUCAAUGAAGUUACCAAAUUAAGAACAGUGCUUCUUUUACUCUCGGUUGGCGAUAUUGACGCGGCGAGGAAAUUAUGUGUGGGUUUUAGUGACACUGGUGAUGCAAUAUUUAAACCUCUCCUCAGUAUGGCUGAAGGACGUUACGACGAUGCAGUUCUAGAAUGGCGCAGCCUACUAGAUAUCAAGGACAAGGAAACCGAUGACGCCAUUAUCUCCCAGAACCUAGCCGUAUGCCUGCUGUAUACUGGCCGGCUAAGUGAGGCGCGUGAGGUCCUGGAAUCCUUGGUCCAGAAGCAGCUCUCAUUCUCCAGCCUCGUAUUCAAUCUGGCAACAGUCUAUGAGUUGUGCUCUGACAAGUCUGUGGAAUUGAAGCAUGGACUUGUCGAAGUCAUUGCCAAACAGCCAAUCACGGGACAUACGAAUCUGGACCGACUGAACACAGAUUUCAAGUUAUGA